GAAAAGGGAAAGAAAAAAGGGAAAGGAAAGGGGAAAGGAAAGAGGAAAGAGAGAGAAAAAGAGAAACAAAGGGAAAAAAUGAGGUGAAAAAGAGAGAGAGAAACAACGAGGACGGGAGAACGAACGAAGAGGCGAGCAGAGCGAGCGAGAAGGGAGUCAAUCAAGACUCCUAAUAACAGCCCACAUCUGUGCGAGCCGCAGGCAGCCGGCAGCAGCGGCUCAGCCCUGCGGGCCGCCAGCUCCAGCGCUCCGCGGCAGGCACGAGCGGCUGGCAAGAAACGCAAGAAUCAGGAGCUGGCAGCAGAGUCGGUGCCCGCUAACGUGCAAAACGCAUCGCGGUGA